CUACAUUUUAAUCCGAAACUAAUGACCUAGCUCAACAAAGAUGUCUGCGCCCUUGCAAAGAUUGCUGUGCAAACAAUGCACAAAAUUAGCCAAAAGAGUUGUUUUGGGCGACAAAUCAUGGCAAAGAAAUGCCCCAAAUAUAACAUAUUCUAUGAAAAGAUUUUUUAAAACAGCUUCAGGUCCUCUUUUUCAUGGGGAAUAUGAAAUGCAAGAUCCAAAAUCACCCGAAGAAGUAGUGAACAUCACAUUUGUAGAUAAAACAGGAACACCCGUUCCUGUAAAAGGCAAAAUAGGUGACAAUGUCCUGUACUUAGCACACAGAUAUGGAAUUGAAUUAGAAGGUGCCUGUGAAGCAUCUUUAGCCUGCUCUACAUGCCAUGUUUAUGUACAAGAUGAGUAUUUUGACAAACUCCCUGAUCCUGUAGAAGAAGAAGAUGACAUGCUAGAUUUGGCAUAUUUCUUAAAAGAAAACUCAAGACUAGGUUGUCAGAUUAUCUUAACAAAAGAACUGGAAGGUAUGGAGCUGACACUUCCCAAGGCCACGAGGAAUUUUUAUGUUGAUGGACACGUACCACAGCCUCAUUGAUGAAGAGGAACCACGGGCUAUUAGUCCUAUGGAACAUUGCUGAAUGUGCAAAGACUGUUUCUUCAUCUUGUUUUCAGUUUAAAGAUCAAUUUCAGUAUUAAUUCAAUAUUAAAAAGAGCUAAUUAUCUUAUUUUAUUAAGAGAUUUUUGCAGAAAAUUAUAGGACCAUGCCGGAAUUAGGUCCUAGUUGUAAGGUCUUUGCAAAUCAAAUCUUUAUUUUACCCAUGUGAUAUUCAACAUGUGUUAGAAUUGUAAUGUACUUCAACCAUGUACUUUUAAUUUUAAUGGUGUUAAAAUGUUCUAUCUACACAAGGAUAUUGAAAUACUAUUACAAUAGUAUAUUCAGCUGUUUUAGUGUCAAUCUUAUUUCCCUAUGACACUUUUUGCCUUGGUACUAAUAUUAUCUAAUUCGAAGAAUGUUGUAUUUAUAAAUGUAUUAAUUAAAUGCAGCUUUUCGUGGGCAUUACAAUAUAAAUAUAUAUUUAAAGUACAAGUGUUUCCUGUUAAUCUGAAAAAAGAAGAGGAAGUUACAUUUUAUUUUAUACAUGCACAUGCCUAAAUCAUCUUCUAAUUGAAUGUGGUUUUGGUUUCCAACAUAUUCUUUGAGCUUCCUUAUUUAUUUGAGAUAAUUUUGUCAUUAAACCUUGUUGUACUUGUUAAUCAUGAUUUUUACCCAUUAAAAAAGUUGUAUAAACUUGG